GCGUUACCUUGGAGGCCACCACAGAAGAGGGCGGAAUCAUCUGAUCAGCUCGAGGUAAAGAUGAAGAUGGAUUCAAGCUUGGUGAUGUGAGUCCUACCAGGAUGCAUUGUCAUGUCCCGCUUGGAUCGCACAACAUCAACCAGGGCACCGAACCAUGAACUACCAGCCUCCGGAAGGUCUAAGAAUGCUCAGUGUAGAGAUUUCCUUCCAACACAUUGAUGAGGUCACCCCGAGCUACUCAGCGUUUGCGCGCGCGUUAAACUAACAUUGCGACUCCCACAUUUGGAGCCGUUCCUGCCGCUUUUCGUUUGCGCCCGAAAACAUCGCGAUUUAUCACUGCCGCUGCCUUCCAAGUCACAACAAACCCUUGCACCUGAGCAUUUGGAACUGCUCCUUCCAUCAUAACGUCGCAGCAAUGGCGAGCAUCUAUCUUGUCAACGCACUCUACAACAAGCCCAGCGCCCGGGCUACACCUGCAAUGCAAGGCAUGACUGAGGUCAAGCAGGAAGUGGUUGCGUCCGACGAUCAGUCUGCCGUCGCGGUCAAGGAGCCUGCAACCACAACUGUUACCACCGACUCUGCGGCUGCGGCUGCGGCUGCGACUGGCAUGGGCGGGCAGACAAUAGGAGCCGGUCAGGCCGAGGUGAAGUCCGAGCAACGCGAGCAGCAGAAGGGAGCUGGGGACGCCAUGCAUCCAGCGCGCCAGCUCAUGGUCGAAUUUCUUGGUCCCCUCGAUGAGGAGCCAGAGCCCGUCCCGUACAGGGUCACCGGAGCGAACAUGGCGCCUUUGGGCCAGACGCCUCAACACGGUCCAAAGAAGCGCGGCAAGGGCGCGAUGAACAAGCAUAAGCUGGUUGCGCCUAAGCCGCCCGCCUCGGGGAACAUCCAAGGAGCCCGGGAGCGCGCUUCCAAGGCUGUAGCUCCAUCUCCUAUAGCUGCAGUGCGUUUCGGUCAGCGUGUCCUGGCCUUUAGUGGCAAUCAAGUCAACGCCGAACGCGACCCUCAUCGUCGUGCGCAGGCUGGAGAGGGCUACGAAGCACCAAGCUCUCCGGCUCCUGCCAGCGGUGUUCUCUUUGGUCACGCUCUCGUUAAGCAAGAGGAGGCAGCUCAGGACACCUUUGUGCAUCCACGACCCAAUCCAUUUGCACUUGCCGCUGCGACCGUCUUGUCGUCUCCCCAGCAGGCUGGGCCGGUGCCCUUCCACCCCAUGGUAGGCCCGGAUCAGCUGCAUAGGCCUGUGAGCAGCGUCGGUGCCCCCCCGAACACCCUUGCCGUCAGGCCCAAGCAGCUCGAGUCAGACCCAGCUUCCGAUCCAGAGAUUCGCAUCAGAGAGUUGGAGGAUGAGAACCUUGGUCUGCGUCAAGCCGGUUUCUUCAAAGACCGCGAGAUCAGGAAGCUCAAGGCUGAGCUACUUGAGCUGGGUAUACGUCCCAGUGCGGCCCAGGAUGCAGCUAUUGAGGCGAGUAUGAAGGGAGUCGAAGCUGGCAUCAAGCGCCCGCGCUACGAUGAGAACGUCGGCGGCUCUGUUAUGGAGCCGUAGAAUUCUUCAUUCUCUCGGCAUCUUCUGACUCCAUGAAUGGCCUGCCGCAUUGCGGAAGGCGAUUUCAGACUACGCUGGUCAAGCUGGUCGUGCGGGACAGUGGGAGAUGAUUUUUGGUUGACCAAAACGGAUGAUGCAAUCGCGGAGCAUGCAUGUAUACCAGGACAGAACCGGGACGCCGCGCCUUUGGAAACUCGGAGGCCACCCA